AUGCACACACAAGUUGAAGAAAAUGACUUGCUGAAACGAAUAUGGGAGCUAGAACCAGAACCAGUUUCCCUCAAGAAGCGUCUAACGCAAGAAGAACAGGCUUGUGAAGACUACUACGAUGCUACCACUCGAAGAGAUGAGUCUGGCCGAUACGUUGUGAAUCUUCCUUUCCGAUGCGCGGAUCCUCCAUGUAAGUAUGGAAACUCGAAGAACAUUGCCAUGAAGAGACUUCAAGGUCUUGAACGGAAGUUCUUGAAACACCCUGAAAUUAAAAAACAAUACACAGAGGUGAUUAAUGAGUACUUGACACUUGGGCACAUGGAAAAGAUCACAGAUGAAACUCAAAGAAACAAACCUGAUGCGGUAUAUCUGCCACAUCAUGCGGUGAUUAGGGAGGAUAAGAGCACUACCAAGUUGAGGGUGGUUUUUGAUGCAUCGUGCAAGGGAACGAACGGCUUUUCCUUGAACGAUACCUUAAUGGUAGGACCCACACUGCAAGCAGAUUUACGACACAUUAUCAUGAAGUGGCGCGUUCAUCCUAUAUGCCUGUCUGCUGAUGUUAUUAAAAUGUUCAGACAGGUAAGAGUUUCUGAAGAACACGUCGAUUUUCAACGAAUUGUGUGGAGAGAAAGACCGGAAGAGGAGAUUGAAGAUUAUCGCAUUUUGGUUGUGUCGUUUGGUACCGGUUGUGCACCUUACUUAGCGGUCAAAACAAUGCAAAGAAUUGCUUGUGAUGAAGGUCAUAAAUAUCCAUUGGCCGCUGAGAGGAUAAAAUCAGAUGUGUACAUCGAUGAUGUCAUGACAGGGUGUCAAUCGGAAGCCGAAGCAAUCGAAGUCUACAAGCAGUUAAACCAACUCCUAGCAAAGGGUGGUUUCAAAUUGCAGAAAUGGACAAGCAAUUCUAACAAACUCUUAGAAGUUUUUAAAGAAGAUACAGGAAGAGAUGUAGAGAUAAAGCAAGAUCAAGUAACGAAAGUUUUAGGACUUACCUGGAACAGAACUACUGAUGAAUUUGAUUACUCGGUGAAGCUGCCUCCGCGCGCCGCCACGUCCGCACCUGAAACAAAAAGAAAAAUUAUUUCCGAGAUUUCACGUCUGUUUGACCCACUAGGUUGGAUUGCACCAUGCAUAAUUACCUCAAAGGUUUUCAUUCAACGACUGUGGAUCGCUGGAAUGGGUUGGGAUGAUGAGCUGCCGCCGGAGCUUCUGAAACAGUGGGAAUCAUAUCGCAGUGAAUUAAACAAAUUGAUAAAUUUUCACAUACCGAGAUGGGUUGACACCACGAAUGACGCCAAGGUUGAACUACAUGGAUUCAGCGAUGCUUCCAAUAUUGCUUACGCGGCCGUCAUCUACAUCCGUGUGAUUGAUCCAAUCGGUAAUGUUCAAACCCACUUAAUUACUGCCAAGUCCAAAGUAGCACCGAUAAAACAAGUAUCCAUUCCGCGACUCGAGUUGUGUGGUGCUGUCCUUGUGAGUAACUUGCUGGUUGAGGUAGCCGAAGUGCUGGGAGUACCGAAGUCUCGCCUACAUGCGUGGACUGACUCUACAGUGGUGUUGGCAUGGCUAAACGAUCACCCAAGUCGAUGGAAGACGUUUGUAGCCAACCGCACGUCGGAAAUCCUCGGUCUUCUGGACAAUUCACAGUGGUCUCAUGUACAAUCAAAGGACAACCCCGCCGAUAUUGCGUCGCGAGGCACUACUCCAACUGAGCUUUUACAUAAUCCUCUUUGGCUACAAGGACCAAGUUGGUUACGCGGCGAAUCUUUGAAUUACGGCAGACCUAGCUCUAUAAACCACAACGACGAAGAAAAAGUAGUCCGCGUUCAUGCGACGGCGAUAACUCCCGAAGAUGAAGAUAAUUGGUUGUGGGACAGAUUUUCUUCGUUACGAAAGCUGGUCAGAGUAGUCGCUCUUUGCAAAAGGUUCAUAAAAAGAUGUCGCGAGCCCAAACUCAAGUUGUUACCUUACAUUUCUGUGUCCGAAAUAAAGGAGUCUCUACAGCUAUGCAUUCUGAAAUGUCAAAAAACCUGGUUCCAAGAUGACCUUCGAACUCUCCAUUCAAAGGAAAAGGUUAGCAAGAGUAGUCCCCUUUCUUCGCUGUCGCCGUUUCUUGACGACGACGGAAUUUUAAGAGUUGGUGGGAGAAUUCGUCAUUCCGAAUUACCACCUGAAAGCAAGCACCCUAUUGUUGUCCCAAAUAAAUCAAGGCUAGCUAAAUUGUUAGUGGCUGAUGCUCACGAACGAACGUUUCACGGCGGGCAACAAUUGAUGCUCCGGUUCUUACAGACUAAAUAUUGGAUAUUGAGGGUCAAAGGUUUAAUAAGAUCACACAUUCACAACUGUGUUCCUUGUAUCCGUUACGCAGGAGCUUCUCGAAAUGCGUUAAUGGGAGAGCUACCUUCUUGUCAAGUUACACCUAGUAAACCGUUUUUAAAUGCAGGUGUCGACUUCGCAGGCCCCAUAAACAUUCGAUUUUCCAAGGGGCGAGGACAAAAAUCAUACAAGGGGUACAUCUGUUUAUUCGUUUGUAUGGCCACCCGCGCCGUACACAUCGAAGCCGUCUCGGAUUUGACGUCAGCAGGGUUUCUCGCCGCCUUCAAAAGGUUUGUCGCCAGACGUGGCCAUUGUAGCCACCUCUGGAGCGACAAUGGCACGAAUUUUGUGGGUGCUUCUCGCGAACUGCGUUGUCUGUUCAGGGAUGAGAGGAGUCGAGUCGCUUGUGAAAUAGCCGAUGCUCUAGCAAACAAUAACACUGACUGGCAUUUCAUCCCUCCUCAUUCUCCAAAUUUUGGAGGGUUAUGGGAGGCAGGGAUCAAAAGCGUAAAACACCAUUUUAAACGCGUGAUAGGAGAUAGCACUCUCACUUUUGAAGAGAUAUGCACAGUAUUAAGUCAAAUAGAAGCGUGUCUUAAUUCGAGACCGCUGUCUAAGGCCAGUUCUGAACCAGAUGUAGCUCCGCUUACACCUGACGCGGAGUGGCUUUGGGAGGCGCAUCAUUGCAAAGCGGUCGACUCCCUAAAGAAAAAGCUAUCUGAUGCACCGGUCCUGGCGUUGUACUCGCCGACGGAGGCCGUGGUGCUGUCCGUGGACGCCAGCAGCGUAGCGCUGGGCGCCGUGCUGCUGCAGGCCGGCCGCCCCGUGGAGUUCGCGUCGCUCACGCUCACAGACACGCAGACCAGGUAUGCACAAAUAGAGAAGGAGAUGCUUGCUAUCGUCUUUGCUGUGGAGCGCUUCAGGCAGUACAUAUACGGUAGGUCUGAUGUUACAUUGCGGUCGGAGAUGCUCCGCCGGGUGCACGAGGGCCACCUGGGCAUCGAGCGCUGCAAGCGGCGCGCGCGCGAGGUGAUGUUCUGGCCGGGGCUGGCGGGCGCCGUGGAGCGCGCCGUGCGGGGCUGCGCGGCGUGCGCGCUGCACGCGCCGCGGCCCCGCCGCCAGCCGCUCGAGCCGCACGCGGUGCCGGCGCUGCCUUGGCACAAGCUGGCCUCCGAUAUAUUUGAGUACAAAAGAAAGAGGAAUUCCACUCAGGAAAGACGAAAUUUAGAAGUCAUGAUGACUGAAAAUAGUGACAACGAGGAUGGUUUCCUUCUUGAUGAAAGGGUGUCUACUGCUGGACAGAGGCCUUCCUAA